AUGCUAAAUAUUUUAAAGGUUACUGAUAACCAGACUAUUGUACAGAUUGAUGCUGCAGAUGCCUCAUUUGUAGUUGGAACAGCUGGAAGGACUAGAAGGAAACUGGCAGCGGUUUCUGGUACUACGAUUACAAUUCUGCAAGAUGAUAGUAAAGUAGCAAGAGUAGAAAUUAAUGGAAGUGCUGAUAAUAGGGCAAAAGCUCAACUAUAUCUUAAAUAUUUGGUACAGCAAAAACAUGGACCUGUGACUAUUGAUGUCUCCCCGGAAUCUAGGGAUGACUUAACAACAAUAAAAGUACCUCCUACUUGUGUUGGAUAUAUAACAGGAAAAAAGGGCCAGGGAUUAAGGGCAGUGGAAGAGGACUCUGGUACUUUGAUGUUUUUUAGUCGCCCUGAAGAGAAAGAUCAGUUUGAUCAUGGAAGUAAUACUAAUUCGUCUACUCCAACAUCUAUUAAUUCUUUAAACGAGUCAUGUUAUUAUACUUUAGCUAUAUUUGGUCCCAGUAGGAAUAGAAGAGCUGCUGAAUUGCGUGUGAUGUGCUAUAUUGAGCAGAAAAUUAAUGGGUAUUUUACAAAAGAUUUGGAACCUAACAUAAAUAACUCUACUGAAGAUAUGUCCACGGAUAUUGUCUUCAUUGAAAGUGAGGACUUAAGUUAUGCUGUUGGUAAAGAGGGAAAUACCAGACGUCGACUAUGUGCUUCUAGUGGUGCAGUAAUCGAGUAUGUAGGGAACUAUGCUUACAUUUAUGGGGACUUAAAUGAAAGGAAAAGAGCCAGAGAUUAUCUUUCAUGGCUUAUUGCUCAGAAAACUUCAUCUGUUUCUGUAGAUACUAGAGCUAGAGAGGAUGUUACAGUUGUAUCCAUUCCUCAGAAUGUAAUUGGGUAUGUGACUGGAGCAAAGGGAAGUUUCUUGCGUCGUGUUGAAGAUGAAACUGGAACUUUUAUUUUUAUAGAUGAGAAUAAAGGAAAUAUUUUGGAGAGAGUCUUGAUAUUCUCUCGCUCAGCUUUUGGUAGACAGAAGGCUCGAGAUUUUAUUGAAAGGAGAAUGUACGAAAAACUUUGUGGUUAUGCUGAUAGCAAACAGUAUUUGGGUAAUAAUAUGUUUAAAAACUCUAAUUUAAAGAAGUCUACCCUAGGUAUUAGCAUGGGAUUUUCAAAUGGAUUCCCGAACAAUGGACAAUUUGGAAAUAUGAAUUCUCCGGGAAUGAAUAGUAAUAAUUUAAAUAGACGUCAAAAAAAUAAAAAUUUUGAUUUGAACAACUUUGAAAAGGCUUCAAAUAUAAACAAUUUCUACGGUUCACAUGGUAAUAUGCCUCCUUUUGGAUUUAACAAUACUGUCAUGUUUUAA